AUGAGAUUUUGGAAUGAUAUUUACGUUUUUACUGAUAAAAUUCCAAAAGCUGAAAGCGAAGAAGUCCAAAAAGCAGCAUUUCCAUGUAAUAUACAUUUUGUUGAAUUAAAAAAUUAUUCAGAUCAUCUUGAAGAUACUGAAUGGACUAAUAGAUGGUAUUUUGCACAACCUCGAUUUCUACCGGCAAUUGAAAAACUUAGUCAACUCGAACCAAACGUUAGUUGGUACGUUUUUGGUGAUGAUGAUACAUAUUUUUUCAGAGAACCGCUUGUCAGGAAACUCUCAUCAUUUGUAGCUGAUAGGCCAUAUGUAAUUGGAAAAGUAUGGUGCUCAAAUGCUCAGUUUUCUGAUAUUCUUAAAUCGAAUCCUCAAUGCUUACCUUUCGCACAAGGUGGUGCAGGAAUUGCCCUAUCACGUGCAUAUAUGAAAAAGAUCAGUCCUCACUUACUAGAAUGCAACAGACAAUUUAACCAUCCCGAUUUUCCAGGAUCAAUGAGAUUAGCGUUUUGUUCGGCAAGACUUUUCGGAGAAGAUGAAUGGUCUGUUGAUGACAUAGUUGUUCCAUGGCCAGAAGGAUUUCAUGCCGAUCCACCAGAAAAAGAAAUUCAAUUUGGAACAGUUUCUGAAUCUCCAGCUUCAUUUCAUCGCAUAUUCGAAAACAAAAUGAAAGGUAUCGCUAUUACUCAUACAGCAAACUUUGUAGAUCAAAAUGGGCGAAAUUAUAUUAUUGAUUUAUCAGAAAUUGCUUUUACAAAAGUUCUUUUACCACUAGGAUCUCUAUCAACGAGGUUUCAAUGGUGGAUUGGCCACAUGAUUUCUUUUGAUUCCGUUUUAGAGCCUUUUUUGAAACCAAAGGGUGAAUGGGAGGCCAAAGUCAGUACAAAUUCGACUCUAUUAUCAAUUACGCAACAAUACGAAAGAGAUGUUAAAAUUACUUUAAUAUGCGAUAAUAAAUACUCAAGACGCCCAAGAUUUUACAAAUUCUUAGAUGAGGAAGGAAGCCAUCCAUCCUUUAAAGUUUCUUGCCAAAGGAUGAAUAUUGUUAUGCUUGAUUAA